AUGAGUGUCUUAACGGAAGGCUCGGAGGAAAUGUUCGUUCAAGUGACACGGAUUGAUGAGAUAUUAACGCAAAAUCGAAAUCAACCCGUUGUCAAGAUAAGUAUUCCUGAACUAGAUAAUGUUGACGUACGUGUAUUAGAAGCGAUAUGUGAUCAAUACAAAACUGAAAUACUUGAAAACGAAAUGUUCAUCAAAUACGAUGGGGGGAAUAAAGAAGCUAUUCAAUUCAGACUUUGUAAUUCAGCGAUUGCACACAAACCAAAUUUGUGGGUGACACCAAACCAAAUGUGUAGUCUUGCGGAACAUGACGCUCGACCUGAUGCAGGUGUUUGGUUUGUACGGCCAACAUAUUUACAACGACAAAGACAACUUCUUAACCCAUGCCCGCCAGCAGAUGUAUGGAUAGAGGUAAUUAACCCCGAUCGUGCAAAUGCAUUACGUAAACUUGGCUGGAUACAACAAAAAAAUCUUGCGAUAGAGUAUGUUGGAAUCGCAAUGCCUAAUUCAAAUAGCCCUUACCACCAGAAUCCAAACCUUGGAAUACCUUCGAUUCCUGCAACUCCUGCAAUUCCAAAUGCCAGACCUUCUUGA